AUGACGCUCAUGGACCACGUGGGCCGGAGAGAGUCGAGCCACAGUGUGUUCGCCGAACACUACUCACGCGAGGUCUUUGAAAGAACCAAGCUGUUCCUUUUCCAAGGGGCCUAAGUUUAUAGAGAUCACAUUUGGGGCGAAGGCUGUUCCAUCACCCACCUGCCGGAGUCACUGAAGCCUGGUCUGGUGGGGGCCCCUCAAGCUACAAGGGGACAGAUGUCGAUUGGACCUGAUGGCGGACUGACACGGUGCCGAGCUCAGGCCUCGGAAGCUGGACUGCCUGGGACAGCACCCAUGGCUUGUUUAUCCUGCGUGGGAUCUGUGGAUGGGAAGGCAGUCUGCAGCCAGUGCGACUGGGCCCUGUGUGGACAACGUAUAUAUACCUGCUGGGGCUGCGGUGCUCUGGCCUGUAUGCUGUGUGGCCUUGCAGACUAUACUGAUGACGGUGAGAAGACGCUUUGCACCAGCUGUGCUAUGUUUGAAGCCUGAUGUGGCCAAGGACAACCAAGAUGCUCACACUGAAGAGAGAG